AUGGCGCAGAGAGUGAGUUUCGACGAAGCUCGCACAAUUUUGAAAAAGUUUCGUGAUGAGCAGACGCGGGAUUCAGACUUGGUGGUCAGCCUGUGGGACAAUGUCCUGGCAAACAGUUACCACAAGCUUGGGGACGAUUUGUGGUUGGUUUAUGAGCAAGUCUGUACUGCAGCCCUUGACUGUCAGAGAUUUGACCUAGCUGAGCUGUGUAUAAGUUCCUUGGACCACAAAUUUCCUAAAAGUAUACGAGUCCGGCGUCUGCUGGGAAUGAUGUACGAAGCCAGGGGCGAGUACACAAAAGCAGAAGAGGAGUACAAAAAUAUACUGGAGAAGGAUGAGACAAACAUGUAUGCAAGAAAGAGGCAGGUGGCAAUCUUGAAGGCACAGAACAAAAUCCCAGAGGCUAUAUCCAAGUUGAACGACUAUUUGAAAAGUUUUAUGACGGACUACGAAGCCUGGAACGAACUCUGUGACCUGUAUCUAUCCCAGCAUGACUAUAACAAUGCAGCCUUCUGUCUGGAGGAGCUCAUUAUGUCUAACCCACACAAUCAUCUCUUCCACCAGAAGUAUGCUGAGAUUCGUUACACUCAGGGAGGCAAUGAGAACAUGGACUUGGCCAGGAGCUACUUUGCCCAGGCUGUCAAACUCAAUCCCAACAAUCUUCGAGCAUUGAUCGGGCUUUUCUUGGCAGCAUUAAAUCUGUCGGGAAGUUCCAGCGUCAUGGCCAAGGACAAGAAGCUGAACCUGAAAUAUGCAACAUGGGCGGCGGAGCAGAUUCAGAUUAGAUAUGAGAACCAACAGUCGGAGGAACAGCUCUCGGAGACAAAGGUGUUGACGUGUAUGAAGAAGCUGGUGGAGUCCUUACAAACACCGUAG